AUGGACCCUUCGAAACCGUUCACGAUACUCCGUCUACCGUUUCUAGCAAUUGAAGAAGUUUUCAAAACGAUGCACCCAUUCGAAAUAAUCAACUUCUCUAUGAUUUCCAAACGUGCUAAAGGAAUAGCAAAGCAGAUGAGCUUCUCUCCAAAGUAUUCAAUAGAUCUUUAUAUAAAUAAAACUCUGGAUAUCAUGAUUUAUGGAACUAAAGAUCUGGUAUCAUGCACUUAUGUAAUGACAUCAGACAAAAAAAUGGAAGGAAAAAGUGAUGAUGCGGAACAUAAUGGUUACAUUAUACGGAAGCUAUACAAGUAUUCGAAGGAUCCAGUAGAGGAAUGGAAACUGUUGUUCAAAUAUGUCAGAGAGAUAUUCAAGAAGCAGUCGAUCGACGCUGUAUCAAUGCAAAUGGAUGCAUUUCCAGAACAAAACGUUUCAAUAAUUGAUUUUUUAAAAGCUAAUGUGAAGUCAGUGGACGGAUGCUGGCUAUUUCAAACGGAUAUCAAGAUCAAUGUAUAUAAGCAUACCGCUUAUUUCCUCAAUAAUAUAACAAUUAAUUCUGUGUUAUUUUCCGAUGUGUACGUUAAUAACGUCAACUUUGAUGGGAGAAUUCCAAAAAAUCUUAAGGAAUUAUAUAUCAUAAAUUCGGAAUGGAUUGGAUUCAAAAGACUGCUUGAAAUAGAUUCUAAAACUGUGACCCUGAAAGACAAUAAGAUUUCGGAUGAACAAUGGAAUCUGUUCUUCAAGAUAUGGAUAGAAAUGAAGACUCAUGUGAAUCUGGAAUACUUAGAACUCGAUUAUAGAAAUGUCGAACAGUUCAGAACACUCGUAUUGCAUGACAUACCGCAUGAAGUGGUAGACUUAGGAGUCAAACGAGUAUUGAAAAUAAUGAAAUCUCUAAAGAAAUUGCCGAUUCUCCGUAUACCGUUUCGAGCAAUGGAAGAAGUAUCUAAGGGAAUGCACUCAAUAAUAAAAAUGAUUAGCAAUCGAAGAGAUAAUAAAUUCCCAAUCCUCCGUCUACCGUUUCUUGCCAUCGAAGAAAUCUUCAAAACGAUGGAUCUAAUCGAAAUAAUCAACUUCUCAAUGAUUAGCAAACGUACCAGAACAGUAGCGAAAUCGAUGAGCUUCUUUUCGAAAUAUUCUAUAGAUUUUUAUAUAAAUGAAACUCUGGAUGUCAGGCUUUAUGGAACUAAAGAGAUGGUAUCAUACAUUUAUGUAAUGGCAUCAGACAUAAAAAUGAAUGAAAAAAGUGAGGAAAAGGAACAGAAUGUGAAGGAAUGGAAACAAUUGAGUACACAUGUAUUGGAUAUAUUCAAGAAGCAAACGAUUAACUAUCUAUCAAUGCAAAUGGAUGCAUUCGUAGACCACAUUUCAAUUAUUAAUUUCUUUACUGCAAAACUAGUGGACGAUUGCUUCAUUUACCAACUGGAUCAACAAAACAACGUAGAUGAGAAUGUCGCUUAUCUACUGAAUAAUGUUACAAUUAGCAAUAGUUUAGAGACUUGGCUACACAAAACAUAUUUUUUUGAUGGGAAAAUUCCUAAAAACUUGAAGGAAUUAUAUAUCAACGACUCGCGAUGGAUUGGAUAUGUGAAACUGUUGGAAAUUGAUUGUAAAAGUGUGAUCCUGAAAAAUGAUAGGAUCUGGGAAAAAGACUGGAAUUUAUUCCUCAAGAAAUGGAUAGCAAUGAAAACGGAUUUCAAUCUGGAAUGUUUGCAACUCAGUCACAAACAUUUGGAGACAUUCAGAGCACUCGUAUUGCAUGAUAUACCGCAUGAAGUAAAGGAUGUUGGAGUCAAACGAGUAUUGAAAACUCGCUUCAAUCAAACUCAAGAGAUAAGCGGGGGGAUCGAUAUCCGACGUAUCGAUGGAAAGACGGCAACAUUCUUCACGCAAUAUAAUGGUUUUGUGAUGAGUGUUCAUUAA